AUGGUUGGUGCUUUAGAGAACUGUUCGAUGACAUUGACCGACAGUCAGGGUCAGGUGACCAGUCCCGGCUACCCUGGCAACUACAGCAAUGACCUCAACUGCACGUAUGUCAUCGAGGACAUCGAUGGACAUUUUCAGACUGUUACCAUAGAACUCCUGGACUUGGACAUAGACAGCGUCAGUGGCUGUCUAUACGACUGGCUCGUCAUCAACGGAGGACCCAACAUUUGUAAUGGAACCUUCAAGAAAACACGAUAUACGUUAUCAUCAGAAAACAACAAUGGAGAAGACUUUAUUGUGGCUGUGUUCCUUCACCAGAAUACAUGCAAAGCGUCACUACAUUUCACAGGCAAAGAAGGAACAGUUGUACAAGUAGAGAGUCCCGCUCCAGUUCAUACAUUCACUAACCUUACCAUUGGCAGUGAAUUAUCAACGACAUUUGAUCUGAAUCCCGAACACUGUUUUGACGUGAAGAACAAUUCAAUAGCCCGAAAAGGUUUCAGAAUAACAUCUACUGAUGGUAUAUCCGUGUCUGCUGUGAAUAUGCAAGACAGAUUGAGCGGCGAGUCAUACCUGGUACUACCACUGAGUCAACUGUCAGUAGAAUACGUCGCAGUGUCAUGUCCCUCACCUUUUGAGUAUUCCAAACUCAUGAUAAUAGCAUCUGAUGAUGACACCAAUAUCAACAUAACAGUGAGGACAUCUGGUAGUUUAUGCUCGGGCUCUAACUACAACAGUGGGCAGGAUAUCAAACUUACUCUCAACAUAAUGGAUGUUUUCGGUCUGUUUUGCAGCGAAGAUUUUACUGGCACAUACAUAAGAAGUUCAAAACCUGUGGCUGUGAUUUCUGGUUGCCAUGGCGUUUCCAGCAAUGGAGAGCCAGUUGCUGAAAUGUUGAUAUCUGUUGCCAUGUACGGAAAGAGUUACAUACUGUACAAAUUAGCUCCAAGGCUCAAAUUGAUGUAUCGGGUUGUUGGUGCGCAUAGAAAUACCAACAUUGAACUGGCAGGCCAAUCUAAAGGUACCAUUCAUGUCGGGGAGUAUCUGGACAUGGAAGUGUCUGGUGCAGCCUGCUUCAAUUCCAGUGAGACUGUACUUGUGGUGGCAUUUAACACAUAUGCUUCGUCCUUUGAAUAUCUCAUGGCCAUUGUUCAGUCAACAGAUCAUUUCAUGACUUCAUAUCUAGUGGAUACAAAAGAAAACCCUAUAGCAUUUAGGACGUAUGCAAGGAUUAUUCUUGUCAGUACCGAUCCAAGCAUCGCGUCCACUGCCUCAGACAAAGGACUGGUUAAAGAAGUAUCAGAAUCAGCAUGCGGAUAUAAUAUAUGGCAAUAUAAGACUAAUGGUGUCUCGUUGAUAGACUUACAGGGCUCAACGCCAUUUGGACUCUUAUACAUCAGAUCUGGUGCUUACAUUGGAAUGGGAUAUUCUGGUGGCUUUAGAAACGAUCUUGCCCUCGAGAGUACAUCAAGCACCAACACACCAAUCACUUUUACAGCAGUAUCUACAGUUUCUGGACUUUCCAAUUCAACUGCUCAAUAUCCUCCACCUACAGUAUCGUCUACAUUUGCGUCUGUUUCGACAACAACAUCAUCCACUCCCACGUCAGAAUCUGCUAUAACCUCAACAACGUCGACUACUGCUGUUAUUAAUUAUACAAUGUCUUCGUCUCCUACAUCAUUGACAGCUUCAACCAUGGGCUACUCCCACAAGUCCACUCCCGUCAGCACUGACACUGCCUCCACUCCGGAUACAUCUCUAGCAACGACCACUACCACGUCUUCUACAUUCUCAGUCACCACAACUACAACUUCAGCGGCACCCACAGUUCAGCUGGACCGCAAUGGACAACCAAUGAGAACAGUGAGAGAGAAAUGCACAUGUUUCUGUAAACCGAAAAACCGGCUUGACGUACUGACAUCUGAAGCUGUUUCUGAGCAGAAGGCACAUCUCCAACAGAAGUUACAGGUGAAAACAACCAAUCUUACCAGCUCUAUCAGCAAGAAGACCAGCGCACCAGACAGAAGGACAUCAUCAAGGAGUAUCGGCUAUCUUGCAAUUUCUUGUGUCAUGUUACCAUUCGUUCUUUGUAUGUUUGCAGAUAUGAUGCACAUGAUUGCCGCCAUCAUUAACAUGUGUGGCCAGAAGAAAGCUUAAAUGGAGACUCUAACAAAUACAUAUGUUCGCUUUACACGUGUUACCCUGAACGAAGCUCAAGCUGGAUAAAGUUCAGAUAUUCUUACUGACUAUAAAACAGAAACCAGUGGUCACAUUUCAGUCAAAUGUUCUGUGUUCAUGAAGACUAAGACUGUAGUCUCAGACUCACCUGUAAUUUCAGCCUCAUAGCUUUUAAGAGGUUGGAGGAUCAAAUAUAACAUAAUUAAUGUAAGAAAACAUAAUUAAUUCCUCUACAGACUGUUUUGUCAACGAUUCAGCAUGGAACACAUUGUUUCAGCUUCGUAUGUUUUACUUUGCCUCUGUUUGGUGCCUGUUAAAAGUAACAUGGUUAAGCGGUAACCGUUAUAUCUGAUUUUCAGCACAUGCCACACUCUCAGUCGACAGUGAAUAUACUGUUGGAAGCGCCCCACAAUCAUACGAAUGUGGCAUCGUCCUUUUUGUCACUCUGACGGUGAACCGUGGGUAGGGAGCCAGGAGGGUGAGACACACACUAUACUCGUACCAC